AUGGAUGCUGCAAAGAGGAUAAAUUGGAGAGGCUUUAAUCUCAAGGAAGAUAUGGUUAAGCAAGGAAUUUCUCCUGAUAUUAUUACGUACACUUUGCUGAUGCAUGGGCUGUAUGGUUUCUACAAUGCUAAGGAAGAUUUGGAGGCUACCAGUUUCUUCAAGAUGUUGCUCAGACAUAACAUUGAACCAAAUUUUGUUGUAUAUAAUAUACUUAUUAAGGCGUACUCUAUGAAAGGAAACAGGAUAGAAGCCCUUAAACUUCGUGAUGAAAUGAGAAGCAAAGGUUUGCAACCUGAUGUUUUCUGUUAUACUGCACUUAUACGUGAUUUCUAUAAGCUAGGUCAGAUAGAUGAAAUAAAGAGUCUCUUUCAGGAAAGGUUGUCAUGCAAUGUACAACCAAAUAAGAUAACAUACGCAGUUGUUAUUGAUGGCUAUUCAAGUUGGAUCAUACGAAAUAAGCUUCUGAGCGAAAUGAUUGGCAAAGGAAUGGAUCCAGAUUCAGUUACAUAUAAUACAUUGACAAACGGGUUUUGCAAUAAAGGAAAAGUAAAAGAAGCUUUUAACUUGUGGGAUCACAUAUCCCAUAGAGGACUAAAGUUAGAUGAAGUUGCGCACACCUCGUUGGUUCACUGCUUGCCACAGGCAUCAGAAAUGUUGGAUCAGAAUUGA